AACGAAAUCAGUACACGUCGGACCUUACUGCUAAGUAGAUCGCUAAAAUGUGAUACAAAUUAUUCUUUUCAUCGUUAAUAUAGCGCUUUUGCAAAGCUGCUUUGCCGAAACGCCGGAAACAUAUCUUCUGAAAACAAACAGUCUUCCUUCGGACCUGAAUUUUAUGCCAACUUUGGGCAAUGGACACCUGGGCUAUACAGUCUUCGGAGAUGCCAUCUUCAUGAACGGAGUCUACAACGGAGCCGGCGGAAAUAGCAAGCGGGCUCGCAUUCCCAACUGGCUAAAUAUCAGCGCGGAAGUUUGUGAUCGCUUCGGUUGUGCCACUGGUAACGAUGUGGACGUAAAUGGAACUAGCUACGAGAUGGAUCUUCGGGAUGGCUACUUCCGCGUUGUGACAACAUACAGAACACUUGGGAUUUCAGUUGAGCAGAGAACCUAUCCGCACAAAUUUUUUAAUCGUGCCUUAGUAUAUGAAGUAGUAGCCAAGAGACUUGCCAACCGACUUUCGAAAGUUAACUCUCCAAAGUUCCUGAAACUCACUCAUUUUCCCGGUAACUCCAGCGAUGCCUUUGACUUUGUCAUUGUAAACAAUGGCAGCUCUUCCAGCGGAGAUUAUCGCACACUUCGAGGACGCACAAAGGUGCUGGAACUCGAGAAAUUCCAACCGGAUCCUCAGGAGAUCUUUGUCCUCUUUAGUGAACCCUUGGACCAUACCCUACAACUGCAGUGGCCCACCUGGCAAGAUGAGUUCACCUACAGAGUUAUCAUCACCAUAGAUAGAGAGGAAACUGUUGCGCGGAAAGAACUGCAAGAUGUGCUCCAGCUAAGCUCUAUAAAUCUUUUCCAGAAGCACACCGAAUCUUGGAACAGCUUCUGGGACAAUGAGUUCUCUAUUGAAAUAAGGGGUGAUGCUUUUGAACUCUCGCAGAUCGUUAACGCAGGCAUAUUUUACUUGGUAAGUUCUCUUCCUUCAAUCGAGACCCACCAGAAAAACGAACCCUUCUACGGAUUGAGUCCCACUGGUUUGGGGCGUGGCAAUCUGGAGGCGGACUACCAGGGGCACAACUUCUGGGACACGGAGAUCUGGAUGCUACCGGUUGUCAGUCUGUUUGGCUACGACUAUGCAAAACAGGUGCUGGACUAUCGCAGCAGAAAACUGGAGGCAGCAAAAUACCAUGCGAAUACCACUGGCUACAAGGGAGCAAGAUUUCCCUGGGAAAGUGCCUACACUGGCACAGAGGUAACCAACCCAUGCUGCCCCGAAGUUUCACAACAGGAGAUACACAUAUCCCCCGAUAUAUCCUUUGCCCUGCAAAAGUUUUUCGCCCAAUCCCACGAUAAUGCCUGGGCCUGUGAUACCGCUUGGCCUAUAACCCGUGAAGUGGCAGAGUUCUUGGUGAGCCGAGCUUCAUGCGACGAUUCCAAAAAUGAGUGCCACUUCCUAGACGUAAUGGGACCCGAUGAAGAUCAUCCAGACGUAAAUGAUAAUGUUUACACGAAUGCUGUGUCUAAAAUUGCACUGAACUUCGCAGAGUGGUUGGGUAAAACGUGUGACAACACCAGCACCGAACUUAUUGAGAAAUGGCGGGAGGUUAGCGAUCGGUUGGUGAUACUACGAGAUGACAACCUGAACUAUCAUCCCCAGCACCAGGGCUAUAUCCCUAAUACCAUUGUAAAGCAGGCGGAUACCAUUCUACUCGGAUAUCCGUUAAAUUUUGAUACCAGCACCACACACAGUAAUGACCUUCGCCUUUAUGCAAACGCAACCCGAGAAUCGGGUCCUGCAAUGACGUGGUCCAUGUUUGCUGCGAAUUAUAUGAGGUCCCUUCAGAUUCAGCAGGCCAACGAGUAUUUCGAGCGUGGCUACAAGAGCUAUGUUCGACCCGAGUUCAAAGUGUGGAGUGAGACGCCCCUUGGUUUCGAGGGAUCGGCGAACUUCCUUACCGGCAUUGGCGGAUUCUUGCAAGCCCUAAUCUUCGGCUACGGAGCCCUUGAUUUUGGCAGAACCAACGACGACCAAUUCUUAAUGUUCUUUGGCAUAACCAUGACGCCUCCAAAUGUGGACGAAGUCCAUAUAAGCUCUAUACCAUAUGGAGAUGCUAAGUGUAGCUUGACCUUUAGAAAUCGGUCUUCCAGCAUUGAGUGUUCAGAUAGGAUUUGUCAGGGCUUCCAGAUGGUUCAAGGUCAAAAGAAAACUGUGCUCGGCAGAUCCUUUAAUUUGACUCGUCGAAGUGAGGAUCCCCCCAUUCAGAUUAGCCUUUUAAGAUAAAUCCAAAGUGUAUUUGAAUAAAUAUGAAGAGAAUUACAUA